AUGACUCUGCUGGACUUGUGGCUGUCGCGCUCCAUCCCCAUGUGCCUGCUCCUUCAGAGCCUUGUCCUCAUGGCCCUGUGCUUCCCCUCGGCCAGCAUGUGUCCAAAGGGCUGCAUCUGUCAACGCGACUCCCACCUACACGGCCUCAAUGUCACCUGCAGUCAGUCCAGACUCAAGGAAAUCCCCCCCAGCCUCCCAGUCGACACUGUGCUGCUGAGGUUGGAUCACAACCAGAUAGGCGCCGUGCCCGAUCAAGCCUUCCAUGGACUCAGACUUUUGAGGGAGCUCAAUCUUUCUUACAAUGCAGUGGAGACAUUGGGGGAAGGUGCCUUCAGUGGCAUAGAGGCAACAUUGCAGGUGCUGGACCUCUCCCACAACCGCAUCACUAGCGUACACAAGGAUGCCUUUGCUCGACUCAAGGCCCGCGUCAUUGUGGAUGAUAACCCCUGGCAUUGUGACUGUGCCCUCCAGCAGGCCAUUGGUGGAAUGGCCCACAACCAUGACGCCGCUGCCCGGGUUCUCUGCAGGAGUUCAGAGCUUCGUGACCAGGAGGGACGACCUUUCUUGGCGGUGGACACAGACCUGUGUAACCUGGCCAAAAGGACCACAGACUAUGCUAUGCUAGUGACCAUGUUUGGCUGGUUCGCCAUGGUGAUUUCAUACGUGGUGUAUUAUGUUCGUCAGAACCAGGAGGAUGCCAGACGCCACCUGGAGUACCUCAAGUCUCUGCCCAGCAAGCCCAAGAAACCUGAUGAGGCUGACGACAUAAGCACUGUUGUCUGA